UUAAGAGAUAGAGAGAGAGAAAAGGCGAGGAAGCCAUGACCGAAUGCCUACUCACAACUGUGGUGUUGUUGUAGAGUGAGAUAAAAGCUACCGAUUAUUUUCCCUAUAUUAAUUACUCCGAAGCUCAAUCGAUUUGUUUGUUUUGUGGAUGUUUCGGUUCGUGUUGAAUUGAGAAAUUGAGAUUUUUCGGUUAGCUUGUAUUGGAAGGAAUUGAGAAUGGCGGCGGCUGAAGGUUAUUCGUUCUCGGUGGCAUCAGUUGUGGAGGAUGUUCUCCAGCAACACGAGAAUCGAUCCCGCGAUCUCGAUUUCGAUGCUCGCAGGGCAGAAGAAGCCGCAAUCAGAAGAUUUGAAGCUGCGGCGUGGCUGAGAAAAGUGGUUGGAGUAGUUGGUGCUAGAGACUUACCAGCAGAGCCUUCCGAGGAAGAAUUUAGGCUCGGAUUAAGAAGUGGGAUAAUUCUCUGCAAUGUACUCAAUAGAAUUCAACAAGGAGCUGUGCUAAAGGUAGUCGAAAGUCCAUGCGAUGCUGCACUUAUACCUGAUGGUGCUGCAUUGUCAGCUUAUCAGUACUUUGAGAAUGUGAGGAAUUUUCUUGUAGCCGUGCAAGAGAGGGGGAUACCAACUUUCGAGGCCUCUGAUCUGGAGCAGGGAGGAAAAUCUUCGAGGAUUGUGAAUUGUGUUUUGGCACUUAAGUCCUACUAUGAAUGGAAACAGUCGGGAGGAAAUGGGGUUUGGAAAUUUGGUGGGAAUGUUAAGCCCGCUACAUCUGGUAAACAGUUUGUUCGCAAGAAUUCUGAGCCAUUCAUGAGUUCUCUUUCAAGAAGCUCAUCUGCAAAUGAGAAAUUGCUAAAUGGUGUGCAUAGAGACAUCAAAGAUAAUAACAAAGUGCCCAGUUCCUCGUUGAGUAAGCUUGUUCGCGCAAUUCUUUUAGAUAAGAAGCCUGAAGAGGUUCCAAAUCUUGUCGAAUCUGUAUUGAGUAAGGUCAUGGAGGAGUUUGAACACCAUGUUUCAGGCCAAAAUGGAUUGAAGAAGGACAAUUUUAGAGACUCAAAUAUUUCUGAUAGUAACAAAUCUGUGAUAAAGCUGCCUUCAUCUAGUUUACAGAAUGCUGCGAUCUCAAAUGAAGAUUUGGAAAUAAAUAGAGAUUGUGACAACGAAGCCUACGGAAGAUUUGUUAACCAGCAGCAAAAAGAUAUGCAGAUACUAAAGCAAACUCUUUCUACUACAAAAGCUGGUAUGCAAUUCAUGCAAAUGAAAUUCAAUGAAGAUAUGCACAAUCUUGGCUUCCAUAUUCAUGGGCUAGCAUAUGCUGCUUCGGGUUAUCAUAGAGUUUUAGAGGAAAAUCGGAAGCUUUAUAAUCAAGUCCAAGACCUAAAGGGAAGCAUAAGAGUCUAUUGUCGUGUCAGACCAUUCUUGCCGGGACAGAAUAAUUACAUGAGUACUGUGGAUCAUAUUGAGGAAGGAGUUAUAACAAUAAACACUUUGGCAAAGAAUGGGAAAGUACGGAAAUCCUUCAACUUCAACAAAGUGUUUGGGCCUUCUGCAACGCAAGAGGAGGUAUUUUCAGACACUCAACCACUAGUAAGAUCGGUUCUUGAUGGUUACAAUGUUUGCAUUUUCGCCUAUGGCCAAACAGGAUCUGGGAAAACUUUCACUAUGAGUGGACCCAAGGAUCUCACAGAGAUGAGCCAAGGGGUGAAUUACAGGGCCUUGAGUGAUCUGUUCAUGCUUGCCGAGCAAAGAAAGGACACUUUCUUCUAUGAUGUGUCUGUUCAGAUGAUUGAGAUUUACAAUGAACAAGUUCGGGAUCUUCUUGUUACUGAUGGAUUAAACAAAAGAUUAGAAAUACGCAACAGUUCUCAGACAGGACUCAGUGUGCCCGAUGCCAGCUUGGUCCACGUCUCUUCAACAUCUGAUGUUCUUGAAUUGAUGAACCUCGGUCACAGGAACCGUGCAGUAGGGGCAACAGCACUUAAUGACCGCAGUAGUCGCUCUCACAGCUGUUUAACAGUUCAUGUCCAAGGGAGAGAUUUGACUUCGGGAACUAUUAUCCGAGGUUGCAUGCAUCUUGUUGAUUUGGCCGGAAGUGAGAGAGUCGACAAAUCUGAAGUGACUGGCGACAGACUAAAAGAGGCUCAACACAUCAAUAGAUCUCUCUCUGCGUUGGGCGAUGUGAUAUCAUCUCUUGCACAAAAGAAUUCACAUGUCCCCUACAGGAAUAGUAAACUAACACAGCUGCUGCAAGAUUCACUUGGAGGGCAGGCGAAGACAUUGAUGUUCGUCCACAUAAGUCCCGAGCCAGAUGCCGUUGGAGAGACCAUCAGCACACUUAAAUUUGCUGAGCGUGUAGCCACUGUCGAACUUGGUGCUGCACGUGUGAAUAAGGAUUCAUCAGAGGUUAAAGAACUCAGGGAACAGGUUGCCAGUCUCAAAGCCGCCUUAGCAAGGAAAGAGGGAGAGCCCGUCUCCAUGCAGCAGAAAGCAUCUGGCACCGCUAGUCCAUGUAGCUUCCAGCUGUCGCCUUGUAACACGACUAUGAAUGCUAGAAACGUAGGGUUGGCAUCUCCGAUUGGCACGAGGAAGCCAAUGGAAGAAGUAGGCAACAUAGAGGCUCGUAGCAACAAGAAAACAAGGCAAAAGAAGCAAAGUUUGGAUUUAGACGACCUUCUGGGGAAUUCCCCGAGCUGGCCACCUUUCAGCAACCAGCACCAAGAAAACAACGGGGAUGAUGAUGAUAGAGAACUGGGCUCUGGUGAGUGGGUAGACAAGCUUAUGGUGAAUAAGCAAGACCCCGUUGGGGUUGAAAACCCAUUCGUUUGUUGGAAUCCCACCAAUGGCAAUGCAUACCCUGAGAAUAAUCCAUGCAGCAUACUACUUCCUGCAAACAAUCACCAAGUUGAUGUUAGCCCAACUGAUGAUCUGGACGAGCUUGAUGCUGGAACCAGCGAUUCAUCCGAGCCAGAUUUGCUCUGGCAGUUUAACCAUUCCAAACUCGGAAGCUUCGGCAAUGGGACUGGACAGAAUGUCAAAAAACCUCAUGCUAAACUAACAAAAAGUCCAGAACUCAGGAGCAUGAUCCCGAAGUUGGGCGGCCCAUCACCGUCUCGAAAAGCAGUUGCUGUAGCUCCUCCACUACAGAGGAUUGGCAGUAGGCAAACUGCUGAAAUGAAAAGAAAAACAGGGUUGAGGAAAUAAAAGAGCAGUCCUUUGAAAGGGCGAAUGUAGAGUUUUCUUUUUUCUUUUUGUUGUUUCAUUUAUUCAUAUUAUAGGCGCCACAGCAAUGAUUCCAGUUGCUAGUAUUCUGUAUUAUGUGAUCAAUAUAAUUUUUAUUUUUUCCUUAUUUGUUGUGAAAAUAGAAGCCAACAUGUAUUAUGGAUUGCUGGAUAUUUUUAGGAAGUUGUCCAGCUUUUUUUUUUCUUUCUUUCUUCUUCUUUUGGAAUUUUCUGAUUUGAUUACAAGUGUGAACUAAUUUCAUUGACACUGUUAUGUAAAGAUAAAUACAGAGAGGUUUCAUUGUGAAUGAAUGUACUGAUAAGUGAUGAGUAAUAUAUUUUUUUUUUCA